UCCUCCUCCUCCUCCUCCUCCUCCUCCGCCACCANGCCUCCUCCUCCGCCACUGCGGCAUCUCCAUCUCCGUCGCAAGAGAAAGAAAGGGGAAUAUGGUCGAAACUGUUUCUUUUCCUCCCCGGCGCCAUCACUUUUGGCCUUGGGACGUGGCAACUCUUCAGGAGGCAGGAGAAGAUGGAGAUGUUGGAUUACAGGAAGAAGAGAUUGGAGAUGGAACCCAUAAUGUGGAAUGAGGGGCCUUCGACAGGCGAGGAUUUGGCUUCCUUGGAGUUCAGGAGGGUUGUUUGCGAGGGUUAUUUCGACGAGAGCAAGUCGAUAUAUGUCGGGCCGCGUUCUCGGAGCAUUUCGGGAGUGACAGAGAAUGGGUAUUAUGUCAUUACUCCAUUGGUUCCGAGAGCAACUGGGCAUGGCAGUUUGCAGACACCCGUCCUUGUUAACAGAGGAUGGGUUCCUAGAGGCUGGCGUGACAAGAAUAUAAAAGAUUCAGAGAAUCUUGAGAAAGCUUUAGAAUCAAAAGAAGCUGACAUCACGCCAAAUGGGGAAGGUGCCUGGUGGAGAUUUUGGUCUAAGAAGCCUACAGUUUCGAAGGCUGAAGAGCCUAUUACUCCUACUGUAAAAGUUUUAGGCGUUAUCCGAGGAAGUGAAAAGCCAAGCAUAUUUGUUCCAGCAAAUGAUCCCAGUACUGGCCAGUGGUUUUAUGUUGAUGCUCCCAUGAUUGCAUCUACCUGUGGUCUUCCAGAGAAUACUGUUUAUAUAGAAGACAUUAACGAGGAUGCCAAUGCCACGAAUCCUUAUCCUGUUCCAAAAGACGUGAACACCUUAAUUCGUCAUUCAGUCAUGCCACAGGACCACCUCAAUUAUACACUAACGUGGUACUCUCUCUCAGCUGCUGUGACUUUCAUGGCUGUCAAGCGAAUAAAGGCAAAGAAGAUUCGCCUAUAGCAGGAAUUACAGGACAAAAAAAAAAGAAAAAAAAAUUCUCUGCAACUGUGCUUAUGUGAAGUGUAAGCUGCCCCAGUUUUCCAAGUAUGAGUUUUCAUUAUCCGAAAGAAUAAAAAGAAGAAAAAACCUCUAAGAUAAUUUUGCAACUACUUGAUCUAUACAUGAUUUACUUUCAACUUGCAACCUCGGUACCAUUCUCAAUCAGCUGUUGUCUCACCUUUUUAAUUCUUUCUCACGAACAUUAAUUGAUUUCUCACAUACAAAUUUAUGACAUUUGAAGAAAAUCAGAAAACAUUGUAACUGAAACUGGCUUUCCAUUUGCUGUAUGGAAAGGCAAGUUGCUGAAUGUUCAGUUGGGAAUGUUAAACUUGGUUCUCUUCUGUAGUUAAAA